GCUUGAUGACGUUCCACACCAGGGUAGCAACACGAGGGCGAAUAGCUUGUGUAGAGAGCGCAGAAAUCUGAUAUGAUGGGAAAACAAAAGAAAACGAAGAAAUAUGCUACGAUGAAGCGGAUGAUUAGCCUGAGGGAUCAGAGAAUAAAUGAAAAGGACAGAGCCAAAACCCGAAAGAAAAUAAAGGAAGACACUUCUGCAAUAAAAGAAAGAGAAGUUACCAAGUACCCCUCCUGCCUCUUCUUCCAGUAUAACACGCAGCUGGGGCCCCCUUACCACAUCCUGGUUGAUACUAACUUCAUCAACUUUUCCAUUAAAGCAAAACUCGAUAUUGUGCAAUCCAUGAUGGACUGUCUGUAUGCUAAAUGCAUUCCAUGUAUCACAGACUGUGUAAUGGCUGAGAUUGAGAAACUGGGAAAGAAAUACAGAGUUGCACUCAGGAUAGCCAAAGAUCCACGGUUUGAGCGCUUGCCGUGCACGCACAAAGGGACGUAUGCUGACGACUGCUUAGUCCAAAGGGUCACACAGCACAAGUGUUACAUCAUAGCCACGGUGGACAGAGAUUUAAAAAGAAGAAUUCGCAAAAUCCCAGGCGUCCCUAUUAUGUACAUCUCUAACCACAGGUAUAAUAUUGAAAGAAUGCCAGAUGAUUACGGUGCUCCAAGAUUCUAACUGACAUUGCAGGUUGAUUUUUCACCACAGCCAAAAUCUUUAUCACGCUUUCCCCCAGAAUAAGGUGAAGAAUGGCAGAAUUAUCUUCUAUCUUCUAGACAGAACUUUAUGUAUGGUAUUUACAGUACGAAGAAAGAACAUCAUUUAGGACUCGCUUUGUGUCCACAUUGCCAGCAAUGUGUGUCUUAAGCUUUGCUGGAAUCUUGCUGAAGUCUUGAAUAUUUAGAGUGAAAAGUCAUAUAAGUUGCUACUUUGCGACUACCUUGUCUUGAAAGUUACUUUACAUUAUCUGCGGAACCAGUGAUCACCUGCUUUUGGACAUUUACAGUAGUGUUUAGCAUUGCAUUAAAAUUGUAUUAAAACAUGUUUUGUAAUAACAAAGGGUUUCUGUUUGAAAUAAAGAAAGUAAGAACUAUU